AUGUUUGAAAAUGUACAGCAGGGUCCGGUGGACCCCAUGUUCGUCUUGAAGCGAGACGCCGAUAACGAUGUAUCUCCGGGCAAGGUGGAUCUUGGUGUUGGAAUCUAUCGCAACACAGAGGGGAAAUACCAUGAGAUGGGUGUCCUGCGAGAGUAUGAAUCCACCACAGGGAAUCCAGCGUUUCUGAAAGAUGCAGCAGCUGCCAUGUUUGGCGAGGAAUGCGAAGCACUGAAUGACGGACGCGUCACAUCCGUCCAAACAAUCUCAGGCACAGGAGCAAACCACCUGGCCGCUCUAUUCCUCGCGCGAUGCGCCGGUUCCAAGCAGAACACGGUGUAUGUGGGAACACCGACGUGGGGAAAUUAUGAACCCCUCUGCUCUCUGGUGGGCUUGCAAGUAGUCAAGUACCGAUACUACAAUCCCGAAACUGCCACGGUCGACUUCACCACCCUGCUCAACACCGUCUCCAGCGCCCCCCCAAACAGCAUCUUCAUCCUCCAAGGAUGCUGCCACAAUCCCACCGGAGCAGACCUAACUCCGUCACAGUGGGAUACGCUCGCAGGGGCAAUGAAGCAAGCCAACGUCUUCCCAUUCCUGGAUAUCGCGUAUCAGGGUCUGGGCGGAUCAAUGAAUGAAGAUGCCUACCCGAUCAGGCUAUUCACGGAGCUGGGGUUUGAAAUGGCUGUUUGUCAGUCAUUUUCCAAGAAUUUGGGAUUGUAUGGUGAGCGAUGCGGGGUGCUUCAUGUCGUCAAUUCGGACGCAGCGAUUGCUUCUCGUGUUUAUGAUCAGCUUCGCUGUUUAAUUCGGUGGGAGUUUUCUUCGUCGCCGGCUUAUGGGUCGCGCUUGGCGAGUAUUGCCAUGGGCUCGGAUUUGAAAGGGCAAUGGUAA